AGUCCAAAUCAGAACAACACUAUUUCAAGGAUAACGAAAAGUAACACACUGCACUGGUAGCUGCACCGCUCUCGGUCAUUAGACUUAGAGAAACUGAUAAAAGACCCCUUUUUCAAUAUGGCUAAAGCUGUUCCUGCCUUUUGUCUUGGAGACCACACCCUUUCCGUUCCGCGUAGUCUCCAUGCCAUCAACCGUGAGAGUCUGUGCAAACGGCUCAAGUCUGACCCUCAGCUACCAGCAGGUGCUAUUGUUCUACUGCAAGGAGGUGAGCAGCAGAUGAGGAACUGCUCAGACCAUGAACCGCUCUUCAGACAGGAAUCCUACUUCCACUGGGCCUUUGGUGUGACUGAAUCAUCAUUCUCUGGAGCUAUCAUUGUAGAUACUGGGAAAGCAAUUCUCUCUCCUAGGCUGCCUGAAGCAUAUGCUGUAUGGAUGGGAAAAAUCCAACCUAAAGAAUUCUACAAAGAGAAGUAUGCAGUGGAUGAGGCACAUUACUCACAAGAUAUUCCUCAGCCCUUGCAUCUUUACAAGCCAUCUGUUCUGCUCACAUUGAGAGGGCUGAACACAGAUAGCGGAAGCACAUGCAAAGAGGCAACAUUUGCUGGCAUUGAAAAGUUUCGAGUGAACAACUACAUUCUUCACCCUAGCAUUGCAGAAUGCCGAGUGUUCAAGACCCCAGAGGAGCUGAAAGUCCUGCGUUACGUUUGUCAGGUUUCUAGCCGUGCUCACAUCGAAGUCAUGAAAAAUAUCAGACCUGGCAUGUAUGAAUACCAACUAGAAAGUUUGUUCAGACAUUACUGUUACUCUCAAGGUGGCUGUAGGUUCACAUCUUGGUCAUGUGUAGCUGCCAGUGGAUGCAGCGGUGCUAUUCUUCACUAUGGUCAUUCAGGAGCUCCUAAUGACAAACAGAUACAAGAUGGAGACAUAUGCUCUUUUGACAUGGGAGGAGAGUACUACUGCUACACUUCUGACAUCACCUGUUCCUUCCCUGCCAAUGGAAAGUUCACCCCAGAUCAGAAGAUCAUCUACAAUGCUGUCUUGAAAGCCAACCGAGCUGUGCUCAAUGCCAGCCGACCAGGUGUGUCGUGGCCUGACAUGCAUCGUCUCGCUGAGCGUACAUUCCUAGCUGAGCUGGUAACUCAUGGCUUGCUUCAAGGUGAUGUAGAUGAGAUGAUGGCUGUACAUCUUGGAGCUGUGUUUAUGCCUCAUGGUCUAGGUCACUUUAUGGGGAUCGACACACAUGAUGUCAAUGGAUAUCCUGAGGGCGUGGAAAGAAGCACAGCGCCUGGACUCCGAUCCCUGCGUACAGCUCGUACGCUAGAAGAGGGAAUGGUUCUCACCAUAGAGCCAGGCAUAUAUUUCAUUGAUGUGCUGCUGGAUGAAGCCCUGAAUGACCCAGCAAGGUCUCGAUUCAUUGUACCUGAAGUCUUGCAACGUUUCAGAGGAUUCGGAGGAGUUCGUAUUGAGGAUGAUGUGUUGAUCACUGCUGAUGGCACUGAGCUUCUCAAUGAUGUACCCAGGACUGUGGAAGCUAUAGAGGAGGUGAUGGCUAAAGGAAGACAGGCUUCAGGUGUAGCAUAGAUAGUCAACCAGACCAAGCAGAUUACACCCUAUCUCUCAUCAAAAUUCACGACAACAGAGGCUUUAAAGGAACAGGCCUUAUAAUUACCUGAUUUUUUCCUUAAUUUUUUUCCAGAUUUUUUUUUUUUCUUCCCGAUUUUUCCCUUAUUUUCUCUAUUUUUCCCUUUCUUUUUCUAUUUUUCCCCAAUUUUCUUACUCAAAAGGCGGGGAUUGUUGUUAGAUGCCAUUUUUUCCUGAAUCUUUUUUUGCUUUGUUACUCAAGGGGGAGGUGGUUGAAGAAUUUUCUUUUUGUAGUGCUCACCAUCACCCCUGCGACCCAUUCAGUGCCAUACCAACCCAGUCAGUGCCAUUAGUGAUGGGGAUUAGUGUCACCGAAUGUAGGGGGAGGGGUGUCAAAGUAAAUAGUUUUAUGCUACAUGUUUGGGGGAGUGAACAGAUUUUGAUUAUUGGAAGUCCCCGCCAUGAAAGUGAUCUAUCAGCACUCUUUGAAAGCAGAUAAAAUAUUGUGAGAGGUACACACUAUUUUGUCUGUUAUAGAGCCAGAAGGGUGUUAACUCUGUGUUAAAGUAUAUGAGUUAAACUGUUCUUGUCCCAAACAGAUAUCUUGAUGUACAGAGAAUAGGUCACAAUAACCUCCCAAAAUUGCUGUAUUGCAAUGAAGCUAUCUAUAUUGUUUGUGUCUGUAUGUAUUGCCUUAUUUUUGUUAGUACUAUUCUGAUAUGAUUUGAUUUAAACACUUACAAAUACAAACAAUUAUAUGAGAAGUCAAUCUGAGUAGAUUGUAGACUUGCUUUGUGAUGAUAAAUAAAGAAUCUGCAUAUGAAAAAGUACAAGCUUUGUCAUUAUUAUACAAAGAGAUGUAUAUUGAUAUAUUGAUUCAGUUUUAGGGUCACAUAGAGUUGAAUCAAGAUCAAACAUGUUAUUGUUAUUUUUAAAAUAAUUGUACCUAUAAUCAUUAUAUUUUAUUUAAUGGUAUAUUGAUAACAAAGUCAUUACACUAUACUUGUAUUUAGUUUUUCCAUAUUUAACGGGUAAUGAAAUAUAUUUGUAUGCUGCAAGUUCAUCCCUAGAUUUAUCUCAUGUCUGGUUUUUUAUUAUUAUUACUGUUACUUGUUUCUUAUAUUAAUUAAGCUAAUUAAGAUAUUAUCUAAUUGGGGCAAAAGAGGUCUUAAUGAAUUACAUAUUUUCAAGCUCCAAUUCUUCAGACUUGUUCUCUCUAUCAGCAAUUCAUCUAUCACAUUUGCUCCUGCAUGGAGUCAGAAUGAUGUCACUAUGUUUAAGUACAGGAAUUAGCUUGCUUCUCGCUCUAAAUAGUCAAAAUAAUUGUGUUCAAAUAAGUAGGCUUGGCUUGAAGAAUAUUUAAAAUGACUUUAUCAGUUGAUACAUAACAAAGAAACAUCAGUUCUUUUGGAUGAUGAAGAAAUGAAAACCAUUAUAGCUACUGUGUGUUAUCUUUGUGUAAGCUGUCAUUUAGGAUGAGAUGACAUGCUAUUGUAAAUCAUGAAAACCAACAUAAAAAAUGGCAAUUUUACAGUAAAAAAAAAGUGGUACAUUUUGACACAAAGCUUCCAGCCUGAUAAUCAUUUGAAUAAUAAACAUACUAACAGGGAGCCAAAUUUAUCAAUGCAAUGAUUGUGUUGAGUGUAAUCAUUUUGGAUAAAAUACUUUGUAGUAAAUAUAUGUCAUGAAAUAAUGUCAUAAUUAACUAAUCUGUGCUGUAUAACAUGGGAGUAUUUUCUAAUUUAAUUAAUUUAAUUUAAAAAUAUGUCAUGCAAGAUGGCCUUUAAGUCAUUUUUUUUCUGGUAUAAUUAUACUUUUUUCAUGAAAUUAUGAUUGAUUUUUAGCAGCUUAAUUUUUUUGGAUACAUGUAUUCCCCAAAAUAUGCUGUCAAAUCAUCCCAUAGUGCUAUAUGUUAUUCAUCUAUGUACAUUUACGUUUGUUAAAAUGUGAAGUUUUCUUGAUUGUGCCAUUAAUCUGUGCUCUUUGUGAAAUAUUCUGAUUGUGAAAUGCAUCAGUACAUGUAUGUGUACGUUUCCAAAUUAAA